AUACUGGAUUAAAAUUCAGAAAGGCAACGCUUUGUUGUGAAAUCCUAACAUUCUAAAGAACUGAAUUGCUGUAAAGAUAAAAAACUUGACAGCCGGAACCAACAUAUUUAUAUUGGUUAUUUCAUUUUUUGUAAUGGAUAUAAUAUUCCACGAAAAGCAACAAGGAUCGUUGUGCGCUCAACAUUGCCUAAAUGCGCUUUUACAGGGGCCUUACUUCACAGCUGUGGAUCUUGCAACUAUAGGACACCGUUUUGAUGAGGAGGAAAGGGCUCGAAUGGCUGAAGCUGGAGUUUCCAGUGACGAGUACAAUCGGUUUCUCCAAGAACCAUCAUCAAAUGUGGAUGAUAGUGGCUACUUUUCUGUUCAAGUUAUCUCAGAGGCUUUAUCAGUUUGGGGGCUGGAACUAAUCCCCUAUAAUUCUUCUGAUCCCCGUGCAGCUUUGGCUAGACAGUGUCCCAUGAAUGAAAAUGCCUUCAUAUGUCACUAUAGAGACCAUUGGUUCUCAAUUCGUAAACUGGGCAGACAAUGGUUCAAUCUGAAUUCCAUCCUCUCAGGCCCUGAGCUCCUGUCAGACACAUACCUGUCUCUCUUCUUAGCCCAGCUGCAGACCGACAAGUACUCCAUCUUCAUAGUUGUGGGAGAUCUGCCUAGUUGUGAGGCUGACAAAGUUCUCGCUUUGGCGCCUCUCUCUCCCCGCCAUUUUCGGAAAGCUCCAACCAAGAAGCAAGAGCCAGAAGAGGAUGACGAACAAUUAAAAGCUGCACUGGCCAUGAGCUGGAAAGAAAUGGAAGAAGGAGACGAUCAAGAAGCCCUAAACAAAGCCAUACUUCAGAGUUUGCAAAGCAGCCAACCAAUCGCCGAGCCGGAAGUAAAGGCACCACAAGUAAAUUUCAACGCUGAUGACGAUCUAAGACGCGCCAUAAGUUUAAGUUUGAGAGGUGAUCAAGAAGAGUCUUGUUCAUCGACAGCUGCAGAAGCCUCUACAUCGUCAGCCAUUACAGACUCGAUUGAGUUUAUUCGACAAAGACGGCUGCUCCGAUUGGACCAAUCAACGGCAUCACCAAAUAACCCUUGAUUUCACAAUCUCUUAUUUGUCAUGUAAUUAUUUUUUCGCUGUUAUAAUAUUC